AGAUAUCUUCUCCUUUCUCUUUGUUGGCUAUUAUAAAGCACAGAUUAACUUCUGAGAGACUUUCUUUGGUGUAAAGACUUAUUAGCACACUCAGAAUGGAAGUCGUAAAGUCAAAGAUACUAGGUCUAAGCCUAGCUAUUUUAGGUUGGAUCGGGGCCAUUGUGGUCUGUGCUUUACCCAUGUGGAAGGUCACUACUACCGUCCGGUUAUUCCCUGCUGCAGAGUCGAUCACCAAAUGGGAGGGAAUCUGGAAGAGCUGUAAGAAUAGCACCGGAGAGAAGCUGUGUGAAAUCCAGGACUACUCGACCCUCAGCUCAGACCUGCAGGCGGCCCGGCCUCUGUGCAUCAUCGUUAUCGUGAUGGGAGGGCUCGGACUUCUCUUCUUCAUCGUGGGCGCCAAGUGCUGUGAUCAAGUUAUAAAGGUCUCUGGCUGCACCUUCAUUUGCGCUGCCGUUUUGCUUUUUAUCCCCGUGUGCUGGGCGGCUUACAGUACCAUCAAGGCCUUCUUCAAACCUGUCACCAGCCCUGGCAUCAUUGAGGUUACGAAUCCGAUAGGUGUAUCUCUGUAUUUGGGAUGGGCAUCCAGUGCCCUUCUUUUCGGUGGAGGAAGCAUUCUGGGCUGUAGCUGCCUCUCGGCUAGUGUUUUAGAUUUUGUUGUGAAAACCGGCACUGCAUUAUUGUCAUAAGCUACUUAAUUUGUGAAAACAUUCACCGUAUUAAUGUCACAGGCUGUUUCAUGUGAUAUGCAAAUUAUCCAAAGUAUAUUUUUUAACCAACUUUAUAUGUAAUCCUUAGAAACAUUAUAAACCUGUGAUAUUCUUUUAUACUCCAAUUUUAUGUGUAAUCCUUAAAAGCUUUAUAAACCUGUGAUGUUCUUAUAGUUUAUAUUACAAAUAUUGUUUCGAUGCAAAGUAUUGUAAACACUGAGUUGGGAAUAUAUGCAUGACGGCUCUUUAAUUACAUGUUUGGCAAAUGAAAGACACAUAUACAGUCUUAUAUAAACUCGUUUAUUAGAGUAGAGUAGAGAGGAAAAAACAUGUAUUAGAAAAUAAUAUAACAAGAGGUUGUAGCAGCCAGUAAUGUAAUAACGUCCAAUAACGUAAUCAUUUUAUUGUAAUAAAGCCAAUAAUGUAAUAAUUUGCCAAUGUAAUAACAUUUAUGAAUCAAUAAUGUAAUAACGUUUUCCCAAUAACGUAAUAAGUUAUUACUUUAUUUGCUGGUCAUUAUGCUAUCGGCAUGGUUGGGGAAAAACUAUAAAACUG